CUUCCGAAUGGAGCUUAUGGAGUAUGAACGUUAUGAAGAACAUGACCGAGUGUGUUUUGGACCCACCGGUGGUCCCGAGGAGUUGACAACAUUAAAGGAAUGAAAACAUAUAGUGCAAAUGGAGCUGAGCCCCCAAAAGCUGUUUCAGAGAGUUGCAGGAAAACUCAGCUGGGACAAACCUGGCAUUCUCGCCCGAGCUGGAGAAGAGUUGAGAGAGAGCCUGAAAAGCAGGCGUCCCGCUGUGGCUAGUCCCUCUGCUCUCGGGGGAGACCCUCUGCGCAAGCCGCUCCUCUCUGACAGCGACGGCGAAAGCUCUGACAAGGAGAAUCGGCCUGGAAAGGGAUCUACACACUCAAAUCUGGACUCCAGUGAUGAUGAGUUUGAUCAAAUUCUGGCACUCAAGGCUACACCCAGACCUGCUUGCAAAUCAGUCUCCUCUGCUAGGGAAGCGAAAGAGCCUAUUCUCGUUUCCUCUUCAGACGAUGAUACUUUUGAAAACUUUCUGAGUCGUGUAAAGACGCCCAAGGCUAAGCUCAGCCUGCAGUCUGGGAGUGGAAGUGACGACAGCCUUAAACAUUUCAUAGUGGAUGACUCAUUCUCCGAUGAUGACUUUGUUAUAGAGAAGAAGAAGCCGUCCAUUUCUAAAGGAAAAUUGAAGACCCCCAAAACCCCCAAGUCUCUGCAAAGGCUGGAGAAGCAGCCUGUCCCUCAGUACGGCUCCCCAGUCUUUCUCAGUGACAGUGAUGACGACAGUGACAUAGUAAUCAAGAGCAGCUGGAAGACACGGCACAGCCGGCCUGCAAGCCAGUCCACAAGCAGACCGUCUUCUCAGGAGAGAGACAUUUCACAUAAAGAACCCAGGAGCACCUCAUGCUUUCCCUGUCCUCUUGCUUCCGUCCCCACACCCGUGCCUUCCUCGGCCCCGCCCACACACACUGGGUGGCGGGACAACGCGACCAGCUCUGAGGAUGAGUUUCAAUCCUUAUUGGACCGCAUCAGGAAAAACCAGAAGUUAGGAAGCAGCAGCACUCAUGCUUCUCCUAAACCUCCAACAGAGCCUAAAGUCGCAACAGCCUGUGUGACCCCAUCAGUGAGAGGUCAAAAAGAGAGUGAUCGGGCACCAGUGAAAGGAUCCCAGGUGGCCAGGACUCCAGCACAGCUCCCUGUUAGCAGACAUGUGAGCCAGACUGAGCCCAGGGCAGGCCUUAGCAGCAGAGUGGCUGUGUGUAAAACUCCAGGCUGUUUCUUGCAGUCUCUGUCCGUCCCCGGCUCUGCAUACUGCCGCGGCUUCAAGCAGAACAAAGAGGAGCUCACCAAGAAACUCUACCAACUGUACAACGCCAGUGUGUUUGAGAGCAAGCUGCCCACUGACAUGUCAGUCACCUGGAAUACAAAAAUGAGGAAGACUGCAGGAUAUUGUGUCACAGGGCAGGAGCGUGUCACAGGCCAACGAUAUGCCCGUAUUGAACUGUCCGUUAAAGUGUGCGACUCUGCAGAUCGGUUAAGGGAUACGCUAGUUCAUGAAAUGUGCCACGCGGCCACAUGGCUGAUAAACAAUGUGCGGGACGGCCACGGACCCUUCUGGAAGAUCUAUGCCCGUAAAGCCACACUGGCUCACCCUGAGCUGCCCAUGGUCACCCGCUGCCACAGCUAUGACAUCAACUACAAGUACCAAUAUCAGUGUAACCGCUGCAAGAACACGAUUGGCCGUCACUCUAAAUCGCUGGACACCCAGAGGUAUGUGUGCGCCCUGUGCACUGGGCAGCUGGUCCUGCUCACUCCUUCUAAGUCGCGGGGCCCCACGCCCUUCGCCACCUACGUGAAGGACAACUACGGGACAGUUCGGCAGGAGUUGACCGGCCAGAGUCACGCCGAGGUGAUGCGCAAGCUCAGCGCCGACUUUGCUAGCAAGACACGUCUCAGCCAGAGCUGAUCUUGGAUCAACCUCAGGUACCUCCAGCUGUCCUACGAGUGAAAUCUGUCAAAUCCAGUUCUGCUCUAGUGUGAUUUUUGCUUCCUCUAUUCUGAAUGCAGUCGUGCUCAUCAUAGAUGACCUUUUUUUUUAUUAUUUUAAUCUGGCCUCUUAUACCUCUGUGAAAACACUUUUUUGUGUUGGGCAUUAUGCUUCAGAUGCUUUUAAUACGCUGUGAAGUGCUCAUUUAAACUUGAGUCAAUGAAUCCUCUCAGUGACCAUGUGUUUCAGUGUUUGUCGGUAAUGUGACUUGUGUGAUAUUGUUUGUAGUUGCGUUUGGUAUGUUUGAAUUUUAAUGUUGUCAUCUUCAAAUGUCAUUUGUUUUCAAUAAAAUAAAUAUUUUUUCAUUCUUACUGAAACAUGUAUGUAUAGAAUCAUAGGCCUGUACUGAUAUGAGUAAUAGAUAGUCAUUCAGUAGGAAUCUGUUUACAUACAGAGCUUAUUCUUCUGUCUUCAUGCAGGUGAGAAGUACAUGCAGCUAGAUAAAUAUUGACUGGUAUUAGCAGCCAGCACUUUG